UACCAAUGUGUGGAACUGGCAUGCUAUGGGUGUCUCCUUGUCGUUGUGGAAUAUGGUAAAGGGAUGUCUGAAAGCUGGAAUGGGCAGGGAGGCUGUUCUUCACAUUAUUCGUGCCAUUCAAAAUGGUGUCCCAGAUGACACUGAAAAGGAAGAGGAGGAGGAGGAAGAUAUGGAGGAAGAGCCGGAGCAGGAUAUUCAUGACGAUGGUGGGGAACUGAUGCAAGAUGAUGAUGCUGGACCAAGUCACAAUGCCAAUAAUACAUCAGACGAAUAUAAUGACGCAUGGAAAGCAAACAGCGUUGUAGCUGAUGCGGGUGCUACCAACGCCCCACAGACUUCGGCUUCGGCCAACGGAUCACACGCUGCGCAUGAUAUGUCUACUCCACAGCCUGUAGCAGCAGCGCAACCCCAACAAUUCACCUUCGCCCAGCCAGGACCUUAUGUGUCUUAUCCAUAUCCACCCUAUCCUUAUUAUCCUCAUGCCAUGGGGCAACCACCUAAUCCACCACCUCCCGAUAAUAGUACCCCUGAACAAAAUUCCUUGAAGAGACCCUUUGGCUUUGGUGACAAUCCAGGAUCCGAAGUGGCGAUUUUGGAGCCAUCUCAAAAACGCACUCGUCAUUGUUGUAAAUGUGGGUCCCAGGAUUGCAAAGGGAAAGGAGGUCGCUCAUUCUGUUUGAGUGCAUGUCAAGAUUGUGGUAAGGUGGACUGUCGCGGAAGGAAUAGUAGGAGGCCUGAUAAAGUGUGUUCAGAAGCGUGGACUUAGUGUCUGGCUUUUGGAUUCAUUUGGGUGCUGUUAGCUAAAAUGUUCUAAGCGGUCUUGUAUAUUAUUAAGUUAGUGGAUAGUGUAUCACAGUAAACUUACAGAAGUAUCCAAUUUUUUGGCAUAUUUUAUUCCG